AUGAGCCGCCAAAAGACCUUAGACGAGGCCCUGGACGAAGAUACGAACCCCCCGGCGGACCCGGGCCAAACCGACCCCUUACCAGCACCCCUUUUUCGACCCGAGUGCUGGCCAAGCAUAGCACACCUACCUGCUUUCCUUAUUAUGCUAACAAAAGAGGCAAUUAGGUUUUAUUACAACUACGUAAUCAAAGCUAAGCUAUCUACUUUCAAAGCAAACGCUAUUGCGAAUCCAAAGACCUCGCUUAGCAAGUGCUUCGAAAAACUCGCUAAAGAGCUCAAAGGCAUUCAAGGCUCAUUACGAUCAAGCCUUAAAGACGAUAAGAGCCUUGCCGACAAGCUAUAUUCAGCUUGUAAAAACGUGCCAAAGACGACUAUAGCUCGGAUAAACCCCGCCUCUACCUUUACCGCCGCAAUUGCUGAUAUUCGCCGAGCAAUUGCGUUUGCAACUGAAAGCUUACGACCUCCCGCCAAAGCAAGCAGAGCUUACGCGAGCUCUAGCGAGCCAUUUGCUCAGCACCCCUCUCAGCACUCCUCUCAGCACUCCUCUUAG